AUGCUCUUCUCCACCAUCUUCACCGCCGUUGCUCUGCCUCUCCUCGCAGCUGCCUCGCCAAUCGAGCUCGAACGCCGCGCUGGAGGACCCGCCAUCGUGCCUCUCGCCGAGAACUGCACACUCAUGAACCCCCUGCCUCAUGCCUCCCUCCACCCUGGCAACGCCAGCAUCUCCGGCUACCUUCCUUCAACCGUCUUCUCCUCGUCUCAAAUCUACUCCUGGUACAUCCCUCAGCCCGACUUCAUGUCCAAAGAAGCCCGCUGGUCAAACUGCAUCCAGCAAUGCAACGGCCUGAGCGGUUGUGUAUCUGCCUUCAUGGCCUAUAACGCACCUCUACCCAAGGGCUGGCUGGGCCUGCCUGGCGGAGAAUUGGAGGUUGGCUGCUUCAUGUUCAACAAGACCUUGACACCGCUCGACUUUGUCGCUGCCGAGCAGGGCCGCUAUGUCAAUGCCACUGCUGGAAACAUCUACUGCCCCAAAGCUGCUUCCGCAACCGCAAACUCAAGCGCAAAGUCGACUGCUACUAAGAAGAAGCCCGUCAAGGUUGUUGCUUGA